CGCACGGCGGAGACGUCACGGCGCACGCCGUCCGGAAGUGCGUGAGCUGCGAUGACGACGAAGGCUGCGGCGGGGCUGAUGUAUAGUUGGUGACUUUGUCCCCAGAUGCUGAGGUGCCUGAAUCCCUGGCGCAGGCCACUACUGAGCUGUAGUUGGAGUAGGCUGUGCCUUUUCAAGCAGUAUCUGUUUACAAUGAAGUUGCAGUCUCCAGAAUUCCAGUCACUGUUCACAGAAGGAUUGAAGAGUCUGACAGAUUUAUUUGUGAAAGAAAAUCAUGAAUUAAGAAUAGCAGGAGGAGCAGUGAGGGAUUUAUUAAGUGGAGUAAAGCCUCAAGAUGUGGAUUUUGCUACCACUGCUACCCCUGCUCAGAUGAAGGAGAUGUUUCAGUCUGCUGGUAUUCGCAUGAUAAACAACAAAGGGGAAAAGCAUGGGACAAUUACUGCCAGGCUUCAUGAAGAAAAUUUUGAAAUCACUACACUGCGGAUUGAUGUUGUCACUGAUGGAAGACACGCUGAGGUAGAAUUCACAACUGAUUGGCAGAAAGAUGCUGAACGCAGAGAUCUCACUAUAAAUUCUAUGUUUUUAGGUUUUGAUGGUACCUUAUUUGACUACUUCAGUGGUUUUGAAGAUUUAAAAAAUAAGAAAGUUAGGUUUGUUGGACAUGCUAAACAGAGGAUACAAGAAGAUUAUCUUCGAAUUUUAAGAUAUUUCCGGUUUUAUGGGAGAAUUGUAGACAAGCCUGGUGACCACGAUCCUGAGACUUUGGAAGCGAUUGCAGAAAAUGCAAAAGGCUUGGCUGGAAUAUCAGGGGAGAGAAUUUGGGUGGAACUGAAAAAAAUUCUUAUUGGUAACCAUGUAAAUCACUUGAUUAACCUCAUCUAUGAUCUUGGUGUGGCUCCUUACAUAGGCUUACCUACUAAUGCAAGUUUAGAAGAAUUUAACAAAGUCAGUAAAAAUGUUGAAGGUUUUUCACCAAAGCCAAUGACGGUCUUGGCCUCAUUAUUCAAAGUACAGGAUGAUGUCACAAAAUUGGAUUUGAGGUUGAAGAUUUCAAAAGAAGAGAAAAACCUUGGUAUAUUUGUAGUUAAAAACAGAAAAGAUUUGGUUAAAGCAGCAGAUAGUUCAGAACCAUUGAAACCCUAUCAAGACUUCAUUAUAGAUUCUAGGGAAUCUGAUGCAACAACCCGUGUGUGUGAACUCCUGAAGUACCAAGGAGAGCAUCGUCUUCUUGAGCAAAUGCAGCAAUGGUGCAUUCCUCCAUUUCCUGUGAGUGGCCAUGACAUCAGAAAAGUAGGCAUUUCUUCAGGAAAAGAAAUUGGGGCUGUGUUGCAGCAGUUACGAGAACAGUGGAAAAAAAGCGGUUACCAAAUGGAGAAAGAUGAACUCCUAAGUUACAUAAAGAAGAGUGAAAAUUGAUGAGAGCGGAUAUUAAAUAGCAGAAAAUUUUUGGUAAAACUAGUUUGUUCGUUUUUUUUUUUCCCUUCCCUCUUAGAUUUAAGAGAGACUUGAAUAUAUAGCAGAAUAAAAGCCAGGGUAGAGGACCUCUUCAGAUGAGUAAAGGUCUUAUUUUGUGAGAUCUAAUUAUAUUUUAGGCAGUAAACUGAAGUCUACCUCCUCUUAAUUUGAUUUAUAUCACUGAACCCUGUGAUUCUUUUGGAGUAGUUCCUACUGCAAAUAGUAUAGUUGUUUCCCCCUGUUGUAAUCUGUCUAGGCUUUCUUCUUUCUUCUUUCUUUUUUUGGUAUAGCGUGUUACUGAUUGAUCUUAAAACGUGGUAACUCGAUAAAAGUGUUUCUUAAUGUUUGUAAUUGAAAUAACUGCAUUAUUUUAUCGUUCUGGAAUCCAGGUAAGAAGUGAAACUUACAACAGUGUGUUGAUAACACAGUAGUUGACAAAGUGGCCUAUAUAAAAUAAUGAAGACCAGAUGUGUCCCAAGUGGCUGGCAUUUGUAUACCCAAAACUUGUUCUAGCAAGCUGUUUUAGUAUGUAGUUGAUACUUUUGUCAUAAUUUAUGCAUGCUAGGCCUGAGAAAGAUUGGCUUGACAGUUACUCUUGAGCCUAUUAUUUUAAUAAACAUUCCCUUUGGAAUUGGAAGAGAAAUGUGUGUGGUAUGUGACAGUAUAUAUCAUUACACAUACACACAUAUUCUACAUACUGACAAAUUAAGGUCAGUGUUAACUUUUUAAAGAUGUGGCCUACAUUAUAAUGUCCGUGAACAGACCUGUACAUAUGGUCUUUUAAUUUCUUUUUAUUUGAGAGAAAGGGACACAGAAUCCGAAGCAGGCUCCGAGCUGUCAGCACAGAGCCCGACGUGGGGCUCGAACUCCUGAGGUGUGAGAGACGCUUAACCGACUAAGCCACCCAGGUGCCCCUGCACACAUGGUCUUUUAAAGUAAAAGGUUUGAGCUCUAAAUGUUUUCAGUAGGUAAAUGGGUGCAACGUAUUAUUUCAACAUUGUGACAUUUUACUUUUGUGUAGCCAGACAGGUCAGUAAUUUAAGUCCCACUUAAAAAUAGUGUUAUAUGCUUUUUUUGUUGUUUUUUUUUAAAUAUCAGAAACUUUUAUUUGCAAGUGUCAGUAAACAAAAUAGAACAUUCUGUGAGGUUACACCUUUCAGAUGGCAAAAGUAAAAGCAGCGUUCCUUCUCUGUGACUGGUUUCAGUGUAGAGAUGUGCUUUGCUAUUGGAAAUAGUUUAGUGUAAGACUGAAGAACUAGUACAGUCCUAUAAACCCAAUGUUCUCAGUAGUAGUAAUAGCUUAGGAAAAAAAACUACAAUCUUGGCAUAUACUCUUAAAGAACUGACAGCA